UCAGGUAAAAACCACUAGGGAUUUUUAUUUGAAUUCAAAUUUUUUUAAAAAGUUUCUGUACAACCAAAUUCAAAUUUUUAAUUUUAAAUAUUUUUUUACCAACUCCAGAAAUUAUUUUAUUGCUCUCUAUUUUUUAAAUUAACUUUAAAAAAAAAAACCGGGAAAUCCGCAUUGUUUUUAAAUUUUCUGCGCAGACCAUUUCUGCCAUAAUUUUUUCAAUUCAAUUUUUUACUCAACUCGAAUUCAAUCUUAGAAAUUUAUAUUCAAAUUUUCUAACCAGAGUACAGUGUUAUAUAAUUAAUGUACAUAAAAUUGUCAUUCUCUACUCCGUGACUUUUUUAAAAAUUCAAAAUAAAUAUAAAAAAUCUUGACCUUCAUCUAAUACCAAAAAUUUCUAAACCAAUUUCCCAGAACUUAAAAAAAAAUCGUCCUCCAAAAAGGAACCCAUCACUUAAAAUUAAAUCUGCGCGCGCAAUUUAUCUGAUAAAUAACUUGCGCCAUAGAAAUUCCCAUAAAAAAUAACCUGUGAUAAAAAAAAAAGUAAAUUAAUACCACAAAAUUAAUUAUUACAAGUAAUCGUGGACUAAUUAACCCGUAGAAAGUGAAACGUCAAUUUACUUAACCUAAAAACUCCGAACUAGUCAUUUAAAAACUGUACAUAGCAGCAAUAAUAUCAAAUUAAUAUCCUUUUUAUAAAUAAGUAUAAAUAAUAAACAUAAAUAGAUAAGAUAAAGAAAAAUAUAUAAAAAUGAUUAAAAAUAUUCUAGUUAAUUUUAUCGACGUGGACUUCACUCUGUGGCUCUCGUGGAUGUUGAUGCCCCUGCUGAUAACAUUUUUGUUGCCAAUUUUUAUAUUAAUACUUUUGUAUAUGACCGCGGCUAUUUUUUAUAUUUACAAACUGCACCGAGGAAGGCUCCAGGAAGCCUAUGGAAGAGACUGGAAAACUGCUGCGCGAAGUGUAGUCGCGGCAAUAUGGGACGUCCAUGGGUACAUUUACUACGGGUAUGAAGUUGUCGGUAUGGAAAAUGUACCAAAAGAUGAACCUGUUUUAUUUGUUUACUACCACGGAGCGGUACCGAUUGACCUGUACUACCUGAUAGCAAAAAUGGUCCUGCUGAGGUCGAAAAUAAUCCACACGGUCGCUGAUAAUUUUCUAUUUAAAGUACCGGGAUUCGCAAUCAUCUGCGAUGUGAUGAAACUGAUACCCGGAACAGUACAGACCUGCUCCCAAGUCCUUCUUGAAGGGAACAUGCUGGCGAUCGCACCAGGAGGUGUCUUCGAAGCCCAGUUUGGAGACUCGUAUUACAAACUGAUGUGGAAGAACCGCAUGGGAUUCGCGAAAGUCGGACUCGAGUCCAAAGUCAAAAUAAUUCCGAUGUUCACGCGGAAUCUUCGAGAGGCCUUCAGGACUGUGAGCUGGGGCAGAAGACUCUGGCUGAGGAUCUACGCGCUCACUAGGUUCCCUUUUGCUCCAAUUUACGGCGGGUUUCCGGUAAAACUUGUCACUUAUAUUGGGAAACCCAUCGAGUAUGAAGAAGGUUUGACUGCUGAUAAACUGAAGCUUAAAGUCGCGGAGGCUUUGGAAGAUUUGAUUAGACAGCACCAGGUUAUUCCUGGGAGUAUUACUCGCGCGUUACUCGAGCGCGUUUACAGCCCGACGAGACAUAAACAGAAUUAAUAGAUUUUUUUAUGUUUAUAUUUUUAUUAUUUGGUAGAUAAUUGAGGGAGAGGGAAUUUUUUUAAUUGGCUAGGAAAAUGUAUUUAUUUUAAUUUUAAAUUUAUGAUGUAGAUUUUAAGGUGGAGUAUAAGUAUUUUGUCUAGUUUUUUAUAUUUCAGUUAAAUGAUAUUUUUUUUUUAAAGUGGAGUUGAUAAAAAUUAUUGCGAAAUUUAAAUUUUUAAGUUACAACUUAAAAAGCGGGAAAAUAAAAAUUUAAAAAUAGUUUAAUGGACUUUAGUAAAUAAUUUAAAUUUUUAAACUGCGAUUUUUGAAUUUCCAAGAAGGAGAAAUAAAUUUUCAAAAUUGUAACUCAAAAAAUUGAUUAAUGUUUGGAGACUGGAGUUUAAACUUUAGAAUAUUCCAUUUAUUUUAAAAUAAAUAAAUAAUAAUUUUACUCCACUAAAUUUAUAUCCACUCAGGCUCUCUAAUUAUUUGUAUGUAAUUACAAAUA